CGUCCUGUGCUGCUGCUGAAUGUCCAGCUCCGGGGAUGAGGAGAAGCUUUUGCCGCUCGCCCAGAGAUGGCCCCGAGCCAGCAAGUUCCUGCUGUCCGGCUGCGCAGCCACCGUGGCCGAGCUAGCAACCUUUCCUCUCGAUCUCACAAAAACUCGACUCCAGAUGCAAGGAGAAGCUGCGCUUGCUCGAUUAGGAGACAGCACACAAGAGCCUGUCCCCUAUCGGGGCAUGGUGCGCACAGCCCUAGGCAUUGUCCAGGAGGAAGGCUUUCUAAAGCUUUGGCAAGGAGUGACACCCGCCAUUUACAGACACGUAGUAUAUUCUGGAGGUCGAAUGGUCACGUAUGAACAUCUCCGUGAGGUUGUGUUUGGCAAAAGCGAAGAUAAGCACUAUCCCUUUUGGAAAUCAAUCAUUGGUGGAAUGAUGGCUGGCGUUAUUGGCCAAUUUUUAGCCAAUCCAACUGACCUAGUGAAAGUUCAGAUGCAAAUGGAGGGAAAACGGAAACUGGAAGGAAAACCUUUGCGCUUCCGUGGAGUACACCAUGCAUUUUCAAAAAUCUUAGCAGAAGGAGGAGUGCGUGGGCUUUGGGCAGGCUGGGUGCCCAACAUACAGAGAGCUGCGCUGGUGAACAUGGGAGAUUUAACUACUUAUGAUACAGUGAAACACUACUUGGUAUUGAACACACCACUUGAAGACAAUAUCAUGACCCAUGGCUUAUCAAGUUUAUGUUCCGGACUGGUAGCUUCUAUCCUGGGAACACCGGCUGAUGUCAUCAAAAGUCGAAUAAUGAAUCAGCCAAGAGAUAAACAAGGAAGGGGCCUUUUGUAUAAAUCGUCAACUGAUUGCUUGAUUCAGGCGGUUCAAGGUGAAGGAUUCAUGAGUCUGUAUAAAGGCUUUUUACCAUCGUGGCUGCGAAUGACCCCUUGGUCAAUGGUGUUCUGGCUUACUUAUGAAAAAAUCAGAGAGAUGAGUGGAGUCAGUCCAUUUUAA